UUACUCUAUCAUCCCUCUCUCUCACAUCACUUUCUUCCUCCCGUUACUCUAAUCUCAUCCCAAUUCUCACUCUCACUCACACCAUGGACCCAACUUCCUUCGAUCUCCCUCCACCACCACCCACCACCGUCCCCUUCUCCCUCGAACCCACCUUUGCACCCUCCUCCGUCACUCACCCUCCUUACGCCGAGAUGAUAUACAAAGCAAUAGAAUCCCUCAAAGAGAAAGACGGUUCAAGCAAAAGAGCUAUAGGAAAAUUCAUAGAACAAAACUACGGCAACGUUCUUCCAGAACAACACACCACUUUGUUAACUCAACAUCUCAACCACUUGAAAUCUGCUGGUCUUCUCAUCACCGUUAAAAAAUCUUACAAACUACCUUCCUCUCUCCCUCCACCUCCUACCGUCACUAGAUCUGACUCCGAAUCCCAUCUCCCUUUCACUCCUUUAACCCAAAAAGCCCGCGGCCGUCCCCCUAAGCCCAAGCCCGAACUUUAUUCCCAACCCGAACUUACUGCUCAGCCCGUUUUCGCAUCUUUAGAAUUUGAACCUCCUACUCAAGACGAGCCUGUGCCUCCUACUACAACUACAGUUGGCCUGACUCAAAGCCCGGCUGUAAGCCCGAUUGUGAGCCCGACGACUCUAUCUGCGAAAAGAGGACGCGGUCGUCCACCUGGGAGCUUCAGAUCUAAGACGCUGAAGAGUGCUGGCCGUCCUCCUAAGCCCAAAUCUGUGUCGAACGGGCUUAAACGACGUGGCCGUCCGCCGAAAGGUCAAUCUCAGCCGACUGUUAUUCCUUUUUCAGCUCCUGCUGCUGUUCCUUUUCCUUCUGUUGUCACAGAUGGAGUUACAGUACCUGUUGUUAGAUCUACCAGGCCAAGAGGCAGGCCUAAGAAGUAUGCAGAUGAGUUGAUGUCAGUUGCUCCUACCAUGAGGCAGGGUCGUCCUGCUAAGCUUGCUGUCAUCGGUGGGCCUAAGAAUCCCUUCCGAAGGCCCGUGGGCCGUCCAAAGGGAGCAAAAGGUGUGAAAAAGUUUGCUGAUGAAGAUCUAAGAAAGAAACUUGAGCACUUUCAAUCAAAGGUGAAGGAAUCUCUUGAAGUGCUUAAGCCUUAUUUUGAUCAUCAAAGUCCAGUCAAUGCAGUUGCAGCAAUUCAAGAAUUGGAAAACCUGGCAACACUGGACCUUAAAGCACCGUUAAGAGAUGAAACACAGCAACAGCAACCAGAGCAGUUUCCGGAACAACCACCGCCGCAGCAACAGCUACCACCUCAGGAACAGGCUCCGCUGCAGCAACUGCCGUCGCAGGUGCAGAUUUAUGAACAGCAAUAUCUCCAGAUUCCAUUGCAGCAACAGAUUCAGCAACUUUUUCAGCCACACAAUUUAGCUUCAAGCUAGGAAGAUUUACAUGACCCUCGGCGGAGAAUCGAUUGUAGAAGUUAUGUUGUAAAGCUAGUUGUAGGAAGUAGGAGCAGUACUGGUAUUUUGAGAGUCUAAUAACUGUGUUGUCCCUUUGAAUUUGUUUUAUGCUCCUUUAGAUUAAUUUACUCCUGGAAUAAUAUUUAGAGACUAGAGUACUGAUGAUUCUGUUGUUGUUCAAGUUAUAUUAAUUUAGAAUGAUGUUUAUUGACUA